AUACGAUUUGAUUUCGCUGUGCUUGUCCACUUAGGGUCAAAGCGGACGUUGCCGCUUGCGAAUAUCAUGGCGGUGUCGCUGUUCGGCCUGGCUGUCGUCUCCGCCGCACUAUCCGCACUCGUAGCUUCAGCCUCAGACGAGAUGCGACGAGCCAGAGCUGCACCCACGGACCAUGGGAAGAUCGCUGUUGACGCUUUCCUCGGGGGAGCGUACAACCUGAGCUGUGCCAAAUACACGUGGUGCCCAAAACCUGCCACUGGCCACAACAGCCAGCGGCCACAGCACGUCUCUGGGAAUGCGACUCGCUUCGCAAGGCCCAGCUGCGACUGCGAGCCUUCGUGCUUCGACUACGGCUCCUGCUGCAUCGGCACCCCGUUGAGGAAUGCGCAGCCGGUCAUGUCUUGUCGAAACGUGCGGCUCGCGGAUGUCUCCUCGAGCGUCUAUAUGCGGACCACGUGCGCCCGUGACUGGCAAGACGACCAGGUGCGCAGCGAAUGCCAAGACGAAUGGGCGGCGGCGAUGGAUCCGUUUCUUACCAUCCCUGUGACCAGUAAGAGCACCAAUAUCACGUACAAGAACGUGCGCUGCGCCGUCUGUAACCGCGAUUUCAACGUGAAGAUGUGGACCGCCUUUCUGCGCUCUCUCAGCCAGGUCAAUGGCGCGGCUUGUUCGCCCUCCAAGACCCAUGACCCGUCGCAGUGCCCCGUCUUCCUGGGCUGCCCGGAGUUCAUGCAUGGCAAGAGGCCUGAGCAGUACUUUCGCGUCUGCCGCUCCGACCUGGUUUCCGACUGCCCGGCAGACUUCCGCGACCGCAACUCGCGACUUCGCGACGGCUGCCACACAUACUUCGCCCCUGUACUAGAUAGACUCACGGGCGUCAACUACAAGAAUGCCUACUGCGCUCUCUGCUAUGGCGUUGGAGCAGGAGACCUUGCUUGUGUCGAGGACGACAGUACGGUUGAAUAUCCAUGGACAGAGUGGGAUGAAGACCGGGAAGACAUUAUCCCCCACGCUGACGUUCUCCCCUCGUACUCGCUUCUCAUCGACGUUGACUUCGCAAGAGGCGGAAUCAAGGUGGGCCUUCAAGAUCGCUGCGCACCGAACCAGGCGUAUGACCCGUGGAAGCAGACCUGUCGCAAUCUUGUGUGCGGAAAGCUCUACCAACUGCGCGACGGCCUGUGCGUCGCCGGCGCACUCAAGGCCGCCUACGGUUCGUCCGCGUUGCCUCGCGCGCUUCUCGCGUCUAAUUGCAGCAAAGUGGCGCUGGACACAGACGAGUUCACGCUCUGGGAGAACCACACCGCCACCCUUCGAGGCGACGCCGGCAGCGGUGAGCUCUUGGUGCCCGGCGAAUACGAGCUGCGGUCCGAUGGUGCUAUUCUGGUAUGUGCCGACUCCAGCUUCCAGGGUACUGCACGAAGGAUGUCGGUGUACAAGUUUCGCGACACCGAGGGUUACAUUACGCUCGCUGGCAGCCUGAUAUCCCUGGCAUGCCUUCUCAUCAAGAUGGCGCUCCAGAUUCGCGCGCCUGGCCCACGAAAGCUGCCCGACAAGUUGAUCAGCAUGCUUUCCCUUUCCAUCUUCGCCGCACAGCUGCUCUUCCUCUUCGUCAUGGUGGCUGCCCGGUACCAGGCACUGUGUGUACUCAUUGGCGUGCUUGUGCACUACUUCUUUCUGGCUAGCUUUUUCUGGACCACUGCUCUCGCGCUGGAUCUCUAUUGGUCCGUGUCGUCAAGCGCGGAGCCGAGCAAAAGGAGAGGGGCCCGAGCCUUCGGCGUGUUCAGCGCCUACUGCUGGUCUGCGCCGUGUCUCGUUGUUGUCCCAUCCGCUGUCAUGGACCUGUGGUUGCUUGCGCCGAAACACCCGAUGGCACCAGGUUACGGUCGUGGAGUCUGCUGGAUCUCAAACCGACUGGCCCUGCUCGUCUUCUUUGCGGCGCCUAUGGCAGCCGUGGUGGUGACCAACCUGGUCUUCUUCUGCCUCUCCAUAGCCCGUAUCUCUGGCACCCUCACGCAGACUGACAAGCUCCGGCGCAGCGCCUGCAGCAGCAGCCGCUGGAUGCUCGUGGUCUACUUUAAGCUGGCACUGGUAAUGGGCGCAACGUGGACACUGGGAUUCGUGGCACCCUUCGCACGAGUGCAGGCACUGUGGCACGCCUUCGUGAUCCUCAACAGCCUGCAGGGCGCCUUUGUCUUCUUCGCCUUCACACGACUCGCGCUCCGCCACCGGCUCGCCUCAUGGCUUCAGAGACGCCGCAGCAAGGAGUCCUCCUCUCGGCGAGCGAUCAUGCCUGCAUCAGUUGGGUUAAGCAUGCCUCAGCAGUGACGACGUGCCCACUUCGUCUUUUAAUAUAACAUUUUUGACGCGCAGUUCUUAGGAGUUUUAAAUUUAUUUUUUACAGCUUUUAGACAUUUACCUCUUGAACCAUUACGAAGCACCGUGCCUUGUUUUUCGUGCGUUUGCACCAGAGAAUGUAUUCUCAAAUUCGUUCAGUCUUAAGUGUCUUUUUCUCGUGGUAGUCAACGUAUACGGUGGCUGGUGUCAGCAUUCACUACUGUGAAAUGAGUUGCAAACUAGCGCCUCGAGCGUAUUGUUAUUGUUAUUUGGCCACGGGAGUGAACAUUUUUGUACACGAAGAGCAGUGAUAACUGUAGAAGCGCUUUGCAACGGCUACA